CCACUGGAAAUGGAAGGCAUGCAAGAGUUUUUACGAUUCUCCAAGGAGAUGCUUAGCCAGAAACCCAGUCGGCAUCUGCUCAAGGUCUACUUGAUAGGCUCUGUUUUUGCAAUACUAGGCACGGUCAUCGGACUGGUUGAGAAGGUGUCUCACCCAUUCUCUUCAGGAGAACCAAUGGACGCAGAGUUGUUCACAAUGUCUGAGGAGAUGAGAACUAUUGCAUCCAUGACGCAAAGCGAUGCGCAGGUGCAGGCCACAGAACAGGAGAAAGAUCAGAACAAGAUCCAGAGCAUGACAUUCGCCAAAGUCCAAGGUCAAAGAAAUUUGUCUCAGCGCCUUCAUGCUUCGAGAAGCUGA